CCGACCCCACCUCCUCCUGCUUAGCUCAACCAAUAAGAUUAAAGCUCUGCAUGACAGAGGGAUUGAUUUAAGCAGCAAAACAUAUUAGAAGUCAGAGGUGGUUUACUAGUUUUCAAAGGACAGAAAAAUUGUUUGAAGAGGAAUUGUAAAGAAAGAAGAACUGGCUGUUGUGUUUCAGAUCCUUGUUGAAAAUGCUACGACGGCCUAAAUCAGUGCAAGCUCAGGAGUGACAUACGGACUUUGAUUGAUUGCCACUCACCGCAUCAAGUCUAACAUGGGUCGCUACCUCAAGUUCUGUUCUAGUUCUGUGAACAGGACUUUGAGAUUACACUGCAAAAUUAGGUACCUUGUGAGCCUUCUCAGAAGGCACCCUCGUCUGGCCAAAGCUCCGCUCUAUUUGGACAUCCACAGAUAUUCACUACUGUCACCCCCUCACCUUUCCAGAUUUACAAGAAAAGCCACUUUUAAAAAUUUAAACCACAGUGAUCCAGUCUGUACCUCUUACCACUUCCUCAGAGAUUUUACCCAAGAAGUGAAACACCUCCAGGUUGUGCGUUUUUACACAUCCUCUAAUAGGGAUGUAUUCAAAGCUGAAGCUCCCAUUGGGAUCUUUGAGGAGGCUCAGAACAGUUUUCAUUGGACUUCACUGAGAAGACGUCUUGGUCAAUCAUUUACUCAACUGUCCAGACAUAUUAAUAUUUAUUUCAAGAGAAAGGAUGUCGUUCCUCUAGCUGAAAAUGCCAGUCUCCUUGUCGCAACUCCAGAAUAUCUUGGCAGGUCACAGAGGCGUAGUCAAGCUCAGCAAGCAGCCAGAGAGCGAAAUGUAUCUGAGGGCAAAGACACACCCCUGGUCUCUAAAUGCAAAGACAAACGGGAGAGCCCAGGAACAAGUCCUUCAACCCAGGAAAUUUCUGGACUGCAAUUAUUUCACAUCAGCUCUUUGGCGACAAGAUUUGGUGAGAGCUACAGUUACGUUGCUAAUCACAUUAACUCAGUCUUUUCCCGCAGUUUUGCAAAAACUGAAUUGCAGGAGAAUCUGAAAACCAUGUCUUCCACGAGAGAGACACACAGAAGGCAGAAGAGGAGAAAAAUGCAAAACACUUGUAUCAUAAACUCUAAAGAAGCCGAAAUGUCCCAAGUAAAAUCGAGUGCUGAACAGAAAACAGAGGAAUCUAACAAUGUCUCCAGCAGCUGGGACGAGGGCUACAAUCACUUUGCGAGACACAUCAAUAAAUACUUUGGUGCCAGGGUUACUGAUGAGGUUCCGAAUAGAAGAGAGCAACUUGCUGUGGAAAAGAAAAGCACUUCCAAAAACUACUUUUCAACGCAACCUACCUCACAAACUCAAGGUGCCACGUCAAAACUGAAGCAAGAAGAACCUAUCAUCCCUCAACCUGGUUGCCUUUUCCACAACAGUCAUAUUACAACUAACUUUGGGGAGAACUAUUUCCAAAUGGCCAGUCACAUCAAUCAGUAUUUCAAGGGUCAAAGUGGACUGGAUGAGGACACUGAUAGAAAUCUUCUAAUAACAAUGGACCCUGGAUCUGCUACCUCUGAGAGACUGAAGACUGUAACCUUUAUGGACUGCCUUCGCCACCCCACAAGCGCCAUCCCUGACCUGCUGGGAGCUUACCUAAAACUGGGGCUCUUGACCCAGACUAGUAAACCCAAAUCUGCCAUCACUUCCCCAGAGGCAAUAUUAAAUAAAAAGCUUGUCUUGAGUCAGAGGCAGGCAGAGGAAAUCACACAUGGUUUGGUUGCCAGUCUGGGACUGGCUUCGUCUCCGGGAGCACUGAUUGCCUGUGUGGAGGCACUCAAUGAUCACCUUAUCCGUUACCCCUCAUGCAAAGCUUUAAUGUGGCAGGAGAAAACUGCAGUCACAUUGUUGAGAAAGCGGCGAACCUACAGAGAAGACCAGGUGCUUCAGAGCGCCCUAAGAGAAACCUUGGCUCUAAUUGGCUAUGUGGAAUCAGUCAAAGGAUGCGGCAUUAGAGUGCUCUCAAUUGAUGGCGGUGGCACAAGAGGUGUUGUGCCUCUGCAGGUGCUAAAGCUACUGGAAGAUGAGACAGGCCGAAAGAUCCACCAGCUGUUUGACUACAUCUGUGGCGUGAGCACAGGUGCCGUUCUAGCGUUCAUGCUGGGUCUAGCCCGUUUUUCUAUAGAGGAGUGUGCUGACAUGUAUCGUCGAUUUGGCUCUGAAGUGUUUCGUCAAAACCCGCUGGUUGGUACCGUGAAGAUGGGCUGGAGUCACUCCUACUAUAACACUGAGACAUGGGAGACAAUAUUAAGAGAAAAGCUGGGAGAUAGAGUGCUUAUUAAAACAGCCAGAGAUGAGUUGAGUCCUAAGGUUUCAGCAGUGAGUACAGUGGUAAACUGGGGUACCAGUCCUAAGGCCUUCGUCUUCCGCAACUACAACCACAAACCAGGCUCUCUCAGCCGCUACGCAGGAGGCUCAGGCUACCAGAUGUGGCAGGCAGUGAGAGCAUCAUCAGCUGCCCCAGGAUACUUCCAGGAGUUCCCCUUACAAAACGAUAUUCACCAGGAUGGAGGAAUUAUCCUGAACAAUCCCUGUGCCUUGGCUGUCCAUGAGAGCCGUCUGUUGUGGCCCAACCAGCCCUUCCAGUGCGUGUUGUCCCUUGGCACCGGUCGCUAUGACAACGCAAAGAGGGGCCCAGCCACCUCCACCAGCCUGAGGGCCAAAAUCAGCAACCUGAUCAGCAGUGCCACUGACACUGAAGGCGUCCACACCCUUUUGGACGACCUGCUGGCCCCAGACGUUUACUUUCGCUUCAACCCCACGCUGAGUGCUGUGGUGUCUCUGGACGAGAGCCGACCAGGGGCCCUGGACCAGCUGCAGAGAGACACCCAGACCUACCUGGAGAGAAACCGGCCCAAACUGGCCAGGCUCUGUUUGGUGCUCGGGGCAGAGCGCUCAGCUUUGAGCAGAACUAAAGACUGGAUGAGUGAGAGGGCCUGGGAGAUGAAGCAGAGAUGGAUGUGAGUGGGUAUAAGGCAAGUGUUCAAAGAGAUGCAUAUCCCAUGCACAGAUGCACACUUACUGUAUACAGGCUGUGGACAAAACAACAGAAACACCUUAAAGUACAACGACCCUAAUGUAAAAACCAGUUUGGUGAUAUGUGGAAUUUCUUUGUUGUUGAGAACUUAAAUUGUUGCUUCAACUCAGUAGUCAUUUUUAGCCAUACUAGCAGCGUUGCUCUACAGAUGACAAUGUCAGUCUGUUGGUUGGUCCACCACUUCGGACCAGACUGAUUAUCAACCAUAAAUAACAACAAAUGGAUGGACCACCAUGAUACAGACAUUCACGUUCCCCAAAUGAUGAAUCCUUUCGUGAUCCCCUUAUUUUUCCAUUGCGGUCUGGCUAAAAUGGCUCAACAGCUAAUGGAUGGGUUGCCAUGAACCUUGGUACAGACAUUCAUGUUCCACUUAGCAUCAAUUGUUACAAGCCUUGGGUUCCCUUAACUUUUCAUCUAGCACCGUCAUCAGGUCAAAAUUAAUUUGGCCAAUACUACCUUCAAAACUGAGGCCUUUCCCUUCGGCCUCAGCUGUAUUUUGUGGUGGCACAAUCACCAUCACCUAUAACUGAUUUUUUAAAUUAAAUAUAAGACAACUUUGGGAGGGAAAAAGAAGCCAGACAGUUGCUCAAUCUUCUAAACUUCACCAGAUUGGUCAAGGCUAUUAUAAGAUUGUAUUGUAAGAGGUUUCUGUUAUUUUUUUCAACUCCCUGCUGUCCUUGUACUGUAUGCCAGAUCAAUACAAUGUUGUCAGCAGGUCUCAAUAUAUAGCAUUUUGUUUGACCUCUUGACAUAGAUGCACAGAACAAAUACGCACAUUCAUAAAGUAAGCAAUCUCGUGCACUUUGUUUAAAAAGUUUUGCGCAACAUGCAUAUGUGACGUAAUUCACUUGAUACAAUUAUUACUGUCUUUGAAAAUGCACUUGUAUUGUUCACUGUACUAUAAGCUAUAAAUCAUGCCAUAGUAUGUUUUCUUAUAAUAUUGUAUAAUUUGGGCUUUUUAUGAUUAUACUGUAUGUCUAAA